AUGGGGACUGUUGUGGACACGAUGUCGGCGUCUGAGGCCACACACUGUCAGCUCCUCUGCACCCAGCACCCGCUCUGCCACUUCUUCAUGUUCAGCACCCAAAAGUACACCGACAGCAAGGACAGGUUCAAGUGUGAACUGAAACAAACCUCGAGCGGUGAACCUCUCGCCAAGGCCCAAAUCCCCAACGUCACCUCAGGGUACUCUCUACUACCAUGCCCCGACCUUUACCCAAACGUGGCGUUCAUUCAGUCCAACUAUCGCUUGCUCUUUACUCCUGAUGCCCUGGAGUGUCAGCGAGUCUGCACCCACGACCCAGACUGCAGCUUCUUCACCUGGACCAGCCCCCAGCACAAGGACCAGGCCAGCAGGUUGAUGUGCUCUUUGAUGUUCUCGUGGAAGGUUCCUCGGAUUCGUCGGGUAGAACUGGUAGACAGAGCCACCUCAGGGUUCAACGAUAAAAAGGACUUCAGAAUCUCAAACGUCAUAACAGACUGUGCGGUGACACUCCUGUCGGACACAGACUUCAGACAGGGCUCCACUCUGCUCUCGAAGGAACCAGCCGUGAGUCCAGGCCACUGCCAGACCCUGUGCUCUGCCCACCCCCUGUGCACCCACUACACCUACGACAGACCUUAUUGUUACAUUUUACAAAGGACAAACUCAGCUUCCACAAACUCUGCAGGACUCAUCUCCGGAGUGCCCUCCCGCUUUUGUCAACAGGACAGCAGUUGGGUGACUGAGCUUUAUCCUGGUUUGGCGUUCCCUGGUUCGAACAUUAAAAUGGUCAAUGUGGAUGAUGUCGAAGGUUGUCGAAAAGCCUGCUCUGAAACACCACCUUGCCGUUUUUUCACUGUGAACAUAAAAAACUCAAACAUUUCUGUUCCUCUUAGGGGGUUCUGCUUCCUGAAAGCUGUCCUCACUGUUCCUGCUCCGGAAAAAAUACAAGAAGUUGAAAACAUGGUGUCGGGCUUUAGCCUGAGGGGGCAGUAA